AUGAGCAGACGCACCUUGCGCUCGAUCGCUUCCUUGCUACCCUCUAGAUCUGCUCUUUCCCCUGCAUUGUGCAUCUCAUCGCUCGCAACCUCCACGCCUCGCACCGGCUCGUUCUUCCGCACCAUGUCGUCGGCCGGCACCGUGGCGGACUCGGAGCUCAAGACGCUCGCCGCGUCGGUGCGCAAGAAGUUCGACGUGGCGAUCUCUGCGGGCGAUGCCUUCUUCUAUCCCUCGGACAAGAUCAGCCUGCAGGAGUCGGAGGCGUCCGGGGUGGCGUGGCAGAUCCGUACGGUUCCUGCGCUGCUCAAGAAGCCUUCGGACAACAAAGGCGCUUCGGAGAGCAAGUCGGAGAGCAAGCCGGAGCAGAACAAGAGCGACGUGUUCGCGCCGCCGUACGUGCCCAACCUGCACGUGAAGGAUGUGGGCGAGCAUGUGAUGCUGCUGAACAAGUUCUGCGUGGUGCCGCAGCACUUUCUCAUGGUGACGCGCGAGUGGGCGUCUCAGGAUCUGCCACCUUCUCCGGCCACGCUGUCGCUUGCGUACAGGAUCGUGGCUGCGCACAGGUCAGGCGAAACGGAGCUGCUUGCGUUCUACAACUGCGGUGCCACGGCGGGUGCAAGCCAACCGCACCGCCACCUGCAGUUCGUCCAGUGCCCCCCGCUCGAUACUACCUCGCAAGAGGCUGUGGAAAAGGGCCGCAUCACGCAGGAUGAACAGGACCGUAUCAUCGACGCACAACACAAGGUACCCGUCGAGGCCCUGCUGGACCGUAUCGAGCGCGACGGAAAGGAACACGACGCGGUGCAUGCGCUGCCUCUGCCGUGGCAGCACUUUGUGGCGUUGCUAAGCCCGUCCUCUGCAGCCCGUACGAGCGAAGCGGAGAUGGAGCAGUAUAUCGGCAACAAGUUCAUGGGCUUGCUCGAUGCGCUGUUCCGCGCACGCAUGUUUGGCCCGCCAGAGGCAGCCACGGGUAGGCCGGCGUUUAACGUGCUGAUCACGCGGCGGGCGAUGCACCUCAUCCCGCGCGCGCACGAGGAGUACGACCAACUCCCCAGCAAGACCGACUCGGACGGCAAGAUCGGUAGCCUCUCGAUCAAUUCCCUCGAGGAGCAGGAGGCCCUGCGAAAUGUGCCUGGCGGCGUGGAACAUGUGCUGGGCUCCACAGGUGUGCCGCCUGUGGAAGAUGUCACCGUUCAAGCCGGACUGCCCACCACCAACAUGUAG